AUGCGAGUUGAUGUUUCUUCUGGGUGCAGGUGUUUGUGUAACGCGGUGCUGGCUUUUGGGGAAUAUCCCACCGUCACCUUGCACCCCUCUGCAGACGCGGAGGCCCAGUGUGCAAGCAUCUCUCGGGAGGAUAAUACCCAUUUGUCAGCGACCAGUCAAGGAUAUGUUUUACCAGAAGGAAAAAUCAUGCCAAAUACAGUCUUUGUUGGUGGAAUUGAUAUAAGGAUGAAUGAAACAGAAAUUCGAAGUUUCUUUGCACGGUAUGGUACUGUGAAAGAGGUGAAAAUAAUCACUGAUAGAACUGGUGUUUCCAAAGGGUAUGGUUUUGUAUCCUUCCUGGACAAUGUGGAUGUUCAAAAAAUAGUAGAAUCGCAAAUCAACUUUCAUGGCAAAAAGCUGAAACUUGGACCAGCAAUUAGAAAACAGCAAAACUUGUGUUCUUACAUGCACCCUAGACCUUUGGUUUUUAAUCCUCCUGCACCACAGUUUCAUAGUGUGUGGAGUAAUCAAAAUACAGAGACAUAUGUGCAGCCUCCAGCUGUGAUGAGCCCAGUAACUCAGUAUGUUCAGACAUAUCCAUACAGUUCACCAGCUUUAUUGAUCCAGCAACAAGUUCCAGUAGGCUAUCAGCCAGCUUACAACUAUCAGGUUCAACCACAGUGGCUUGCUGGGGAACAAAGGAAUUAUGUUAUGCCUCCGGUUUAUACUUCAGUAAGCUACCACUAUAAUGAAGAUCCUGAGUUUAUACAGACAGAAUGUGCUGUCCCAGAGCCCACACAGUCAUCUAGUAACAGUCCUCAAAAGAAAUCUGUGGACAGGAGCAUACAAACAGUAGUAUCCUGCCUGUUUAAUCCUGAGAACCGGCUGAGGAACACUUUUAUGUCACAGGAAGACUACUUCAAGGAGAGAAAGGUGCAUCACUUCAGAAGAAGCCGAGCAGUACUGAAAAGUGUUUGA